CCUUAGAAACUGUUGCCGACAAAACAACCAAUAAAGAUCUCAGAAACCUGAGCUGCAGGUCUUUUAUGGUCAGUGAGCGGUUGAUAAUAGAGGCAGCAGGGUGGAGGAGCACAGAGAGCGAGAGUGGAGAGAGAGAGAGAGAGAGAGAGAGAGAGAGAGCACAAAAUCAGACAAAAGGAAAAUCAGAGAAGAAACACAGAGACUCACUGAUAAUCUGAGAAGAGAAGAGAAAAGAACCAUGGACCUGGACCAGUACGAUGACAGUCAAAGUGACAGCGGAGUGUCUGUUGAUUUCUCCCCGAACAGCAUGUCAGAUAGCGAGACGCCGAUCGAGAGGGAGAUACGCCUCACCUUCAGACGAGAGCAGAGUCUUCGCCGGUCACGAGGCCUGGAUGAGACCAAAGUGUUCGUCGAGAUCCCGAUCAGAAAGCCCAUCCUCUCCCAAGGGCUCACCGAAAAACCAUUGAAGGAUCAUAGCAAGGAGCGGCAGUUUGCCGGGAAAAAGAUGCAGCGUGAGAUCCAUGUUGAAACUGAAAGGGAGAAGGCGCUGGUCAAGCUCGGAAGGCUGCCCGGAUUUUAUGACAAAGGUACCGUGAGACAACUACAGGAGAAAAAACUUCUCUUUGAAGCCUUUCCGGAAUCCAAAGACCUCCAGAUCUCAAGUGACAGAACUCAGGAACCCACAAAUAGAUUGGAGAUGCUCUUCCACAACCAUUCCACAAACCAGCCCACUAUGACUUCACCCAAAGAUCUCCAGAGUGCCAGAAAUUACAAUCAUGGGACACUGAAAACUGCGCAGGAGCCAAAGAAUGAAAGAACAUCCAGCAUUCCAUUGUCCAAGAUAACCAAUGGAAGAAAUGUUGAAAUGGAUAAGCCAGACUUCUCUUCUAAAAUACACACCAAGCCCCUGGGCCUGGAUUCUUCUCCUCAACUCUUCCCAUCACUGAAGGAGAAAAAACUCCUGUUUGAAUCAUUUCAGGACAAUAAGGAUGUUCAGAUCUCCAAAGAUCAGGACAGAGAGGUUUCUGAAUCUUUUAAAGAACAGAGGAAAAGUCUGGACAUCUUUUUUCAAAAUCAAAAUUCUGCAUUGAAAGACCUUCAGGAGCCCAAAGAUCUUCAGAUCAAAAGAAAUCAGGAUGACAAGAUUUCAAAAAGGAACAUGCAGGUCCAGAACUCAAAACCUUGUGGUCCAGGGUUCUCGGAGGCUGUGGAUCGGCAGGUGGUCAUCAUCGAGAACAGUCGCACGGUGAGUUCACACACAAACGGACAGGUUUCCACACCAGAGGCCGUGACAGACUCGGUAAACGUCAGAUCUUUAACGGCGAAACCGCGUCCGAACUCUCAAGUCCAAAACCAGACGGCUGAUGGUGAGGAGCUGAAGGAGAACCCAUUCUUCAAGCUGAGAUCGUUGCCGUCGCGCCUCCCGGACGUGCGGAAGGACAUUCAGGAAACAAAAAGGCGAGAGGAAGACCUGCGCAAACAGAGGAUGGUUCUCUAUGGCAACAGGUCAAAGGUCACAGGAUCACAGAGUGGAACCACACCAACACACACUGUCACAGACACACCGGGACAACACAUGAAUGUCACACCAGUGAGUUCAUCGUUUGGGAAGUUGGAUCUCUCAGGGCCACUCAGCCGUCAGCCGCUGCAGAACGGACACAAGACACGAGAGGUGAAGGAGCAGAAACAGACGCUCCUGCUAGUGCAGCGCUGGGAGACGGGUCUGAUCAACACACACAGCGACAAGCAUCACACCUGACCACACACUCACACACACACACACUCACACACACACUCACACACACACACAAAGAACAAAAACAGUUAGUCUUCACUUCAUUACUUACUUACCUGGCUAACAUUAUAAGCUAACCAGUUAGCCACUAGCAAGUUCUCUUUAGUGAGUUAGCAGACCUAUGCUAACUGGCUAACAGGUUCAUUACUAAAUCUUUAAGAUUUGUUUAUUAAUAUUUUUCUGUUUCCAGUGUUGAUCCAUUUUGGUUUAACUGAUUGUGUUUAGUGAAGAAUAAACUAGAGAUUUAGAUAUUUUAAUUCAGCCACAAUUAUUUAACAAUAACACUAUUAGCAAGAUAUUUAGCUUCAUACAGAGAGAGAGAGCGAGCGAGAGAGAGAGAGAGAGAGGUGUUAUUUAUCAUCAGCAAGCUAAUGCAGUCUAGCUGGGUUUGGCCAACAUUGUCUGAUGCUGUAAAUCAGGGGUCACCAACUGGCGGACGCCGGUCCGAACCCGGACCACGAGAUGCGUCCAUCCGGACCACGAAGCCUUUUGACUUAGUAUAUAUAUAUAUAUAUAGCAAACGCUAUUUUCUAAUGAAAGAAAAUGUAUAUCGGGCACGUGAAGGUCAGCUCAGAAGACGUGAAGGUCAGCUCAGUAGACGUGAAGGUCAGCUCAGCCACGGGUUGCUAUGCCAACUGAUACGUUCAGAUGUGCAGUUAUGCGUGCAUUGAAGAGAGCAGAAAGCGAGAGCAGCGCACAGACAGAUUAGUGCAAAAAAAUUAAAUAAAAAAAAUGUCACGUUAAAAAAUUUGAAAAGUUGAUUUGGAGAGUUUUUCACGAUGAAUGGGUGGAAAAAUAUGCAUUUAUUCUUCCUGCAUCAAGAUCUACACGCCUGUGUGUGUUAUUUGCUUGGACUCUGUUGCGGUUGUCAAAAGUGGAAAAAUUAAACGCCAUUACGAAGCUAAACAUAGACACUUUGAAGAAACUCACCCCCGGCAGUCUGAGGUAAGGGCGAGGAUAAUAAAUGAGCUUAAAGUGCAGUAUAAGCGAUCUACAGUACACAGGUCCUCUCUCACACACACACACACCGCCCAGCAAUGAGCUUAUGGAUGUUCACUGAGAAUACAGGGGAUCUUAGGAAACAUAACAAGCCCUUUACACAUGGGGAAAUAGUAAAGGAGUUGUUCAUUUUUAAGUUGUUAAUGUUUAAAUUAAUUUAUGUUCUGUUCAGAUUUAGAGAUGAAGGCAUAUUGCACAGUUUCCUUCAUCAUAUUUUUGUCAGACAUUGUUACUGGUUUAAUUCAAUGAUUUUGUACCAAAGCAACAUAAAGGACAGAUGAGCAUUAAAAUGAGAUCCAAUUUGUGAAGGAUGUAAAUUGGUCUGUUUAUACAUGAGAACAUAUAUUGGAUACACCUAAAGCAUCAGUGUCUGUUUUGGGUUGUCCGGACCGGAGCUGGUGAGGAGUGUUUAUUUACCGGACCUCAAGCAAUUUUAGUUGAAGACCCCUGCUGUAAAUGAUUAAAAACAUUUUGAAACUCA